AUGACAGUUAGUGAUACAGAUAGUCAGAGUAAUGAAGAUAGUAAUAUAGAAGAUAAGGAUAAGGAUAAGGAUAAGGAUAAGGACAAAGAUAAGGAUAAGAACAAGGAUAAGGAUAAGAAUAAGGAUAAGGAUAAGGAUAAGGAUAAGAAUAAGGAUAAGAGUAAGGAAGAGUCUAGUGAUAGUAACAUCAAUAGUACAUCAGAUAGUGAGAAUAGUAAUAGUGAAGAAGAAGAAGAAGAAGAAAAUAAGAAAAGAAAAUUACAAGAUACGAGUCUUUCACCAUCAUCCAAGAGAAAAACAUCAGAAAAAGAUAAUAUUUUAAGAAAGAAGAAAACGAAAUCAAAAAAGAAAAAGAAAAUUUCAAUUGAGAACGACCCACGAGCACCAGAAGGAAGUCCUAUUUUAUUAAUUAAUGAGAAUAGUAAUAAAGAACAAAUAGAUCAGAUACCUAAGAAGACAAGAGCAGAUACACCUGUAGAUAAAAAAGAAAAGCAUCGUCCAUGGAAUGCGCAUGUGCAUGUAAGAAAACCACAAAGAAUUAGAAUUCAACGAGAGGAAAUAUUUGAUGGACAAAUUCAAGAUUCAUCCACUGAGCUUCCGAAAACACCACCAGGUUUAAAUGAUCCACCACCAAUCAGUCCACGACAGAGCACACCGAAAACACCUAUUCCACCACCUCAGCCAUUAGUUUAUAGUCCCAAUCCUAUAACAUCAAAUACUAAAAAUAAAAAAGAAAAAGAUAAAGAAAAUAAUAAUAGUAAUUCGCCUAUUGUAGUACCUCGAAUAAGAUCAACAAUUGAGAUAGAAGAACAAGACCAUCAAAUGGAACAAGAUAGUAUCCCCCAUUCACCAUCAGUUAUUCCAAAAGAUUCUGAAAUUAAUAGAAUAAAUUUAUUUGACUUUCCAGUAAUUCCGAUAGAAUGUAAAUUUCAUUUUGAGAUCUUUCAUUUAAGAGCAAGCAUAGAAAAUAUUAAAUUACAUAGAGAAUAUUUAGAAAAGAAAUCGAAACAACAAGAAAAAGAAUUAGAAGAAAUGAUGAAACAAUUUAGUGAGGAUUUACAUAGAAAAAUAGUGCAAUUUGUUAAGAAUAGUAUAGAUCCAUUAAUAGAUAGUUUAAAAAUUUCGAAUCAGAAACGUUUAGAUAACCUUAUAUUAGACCAGAUGAAAGAGAAAGCUUUAAGAACAAUAAGAGAGAAGAGUAAUAAGGAUAGUUUAAGAUUAAUAGAACGAGCACAAGAAAGAUUUGAAAGAACAUUAGAAUUAAAGUUUCAGUUAGAUAAGUUAGAUCGUAGAUUUAAUGAGAACAUGCCCCCACCAGCUUUGAAUGUUAUGGAUAAAUUACAGUUCCGUAGUAAAGAGUUAAGAAAUGAGGUUAAAGAACAGUAUAGUGAGCAAUGGAAUAAUAUUUUGAGAAAGACUAAGUUAGA